AUGUUCUCCAGCCUCGGGACCAAGCUCGCGCUCAAGAAGCUGGGUGUCCCCAAGGAUGCCAUGAAUGUGGGCUCGCCCUUUGGCGCCGCCAACGACGAGCCCAGGAAGCUCAAGAAGAACCAGAAGAGCCUCACUACAGCAGAGCUGGAUGAGCUCGAGGGCAAAAACUGGCCGAAGUGGAUGUCUGUCAAGAGCCUGCCUUUGACGAUCCAGCCUUGGCUCUCGCCCCCUCCUCCACCGGUUCCCGUCGCUGCUGAAUGCCCUACUGUCGGUGCCCUCGCACCAAUAGAUCGUGACAGGAAAUUGGUACUCGGGAAUAAUGGGCGCAAGGUUCUCGUCGUCUUUCUGCGGUGUGUUGGUUGUGCAUUUGCUCAAAAGACCUUUCUCGCCCUGCGUGACCUUGCCAACAAAACCCCGGUCACCUGUAUAGCCGUGUCCCACUCCUCGCCCGCCGCCACGAGCAAGUGGAUCGACCUGAUGGGGGGAGCUUGGAAAGUGCAGGUGAUCAUCGAUGAGGACCGUGCCAUCUAUGCGGCUUGGGGGCUAGGGCUAUCCUCGGUGUGGUACUACUUCAACCCGACCACGCAAACAGCGGCGUGGAAGGAGAAGGGCUGGCUGGGGAGCACAGUGGCGACGAGCAUCGGCCGCAAGAUGGGGAUGACCAACAACGGCGGCAUGGACCUCGGCGCUGCCGCUGCUUCGGAACAGGGCGACGGCCCAGGAACGAUAAUGGGCAACAAGUGGCAGCAGGGCGGGGCAUUUGCAGUCGACGAGCGGGGAAUUGUGCUCUGGGGUGGCAAGUCAGAGCGGGCAGAUGAGAUCGUGGAUUUUGAGGCUGGCACUCGAGCGUUGGGCAUGUGA